AAUCAAAUCGAUUUGCUGAUAUGUCGUUAGGUUGGGAUAUCUUGUCGACCAAAUCGAGCCAAAACGACGUAAGCACCUAAGUGCAAGAGUCAUUUCACGGUUUCCUCUUGGUUUUCUCCGCGAGACACGCAUUUCUUCCGCGCUUCCCGGGCAUUCGGCAGCGCGCAUGGCGCCUAAAGCAGCCGGGAGACGGCGCCCAGUUAGCUGGGAGAAAGAUGGCGUUGGUGGCGGGCCAUCCAGCGUGGAUAUAAUCCUGAAAUGGAUUACAGCGGAAGGAAAUCUUUAGCGGUGGCGUGGGGACACCUUUGGCGGUAAAACGAAGAAGGCUUUAGCUACUGAGAUUGCAGACCUCAUCAAGAAGGCCGGUAUCACGGGCAGAACGGACAAAGGUGUUAUGCAGAAGCUGAACGACAUCCAGGACUCGUACAAUAAAGCAGCAGAUGUGGAGAGGCAGUCUGGAGAAGGCAUCUUGGAUGAAGAUGAGGAAAGAACCUUCCAUGGUAAGAUUCUCCGGUCCUAUAGGACUAGUGCUUUGUUUUCCUAACUGCUAUUUUCUCUCUCCAGAUAAACUCUUUCGUAUUUGCAAGCACUGGGACGUACUGUAUCCUGUCUUCCACGAUCGCGCAUCCGCGAAGCCGAUUGCUCCUACCGGAACAUGUAAACCACCGGUACGAAGUGCAAUUGAUACUCGGAGUGGGGUAGAAGAUAGCAAUGGGCACCGCGACUUGACUUCCCGUUUGGUGAGUCUCCCCCAAGUGCCAGCAAAGGCAGUGAUGAGGAGGGUCACAAUCACAACAGUAACGAGGUUGACACUCAGCCAGAUUCGAGUACGACUCAUGUGGCUCGUCGACCUGAUGACAGCAUCGAUGUUGCUUCAGACGACUGUUCUGUAGAGACCGCUACGGGGACUUCAAGCACGUCCACAGCUCCUAAGCGCCCAGGAGAUAGUGGCGCUGACACGGUGGUUAGUAGCAAGAAGAGAACGACUAAGAACACGAGCAAGAAGACUGCCAAGUCCAAGCGCGGAAAACCACUCAGCCUUGCGCAAGAGCCCCAGAAAAAACGCAAGAGAUUGGAUGAUGUGAUGUACGACUCCAUCUACGAGCGCGCCCUUCUGGCUCAGAAGCGCACUUGCAUUGAUCUAGCUCAGGCAAAGGUGCAGUUUACGAAAGAUUUGCUGGUGCUGGGGAUCUACUCGACUGACGAAGUGAAGACUAUGGUUUUGGCAUUGCUAGAUAGGUUUUCUAGCACAGUCUGCAUCACGCGCAGACGUUUAAUUUUGCCUUGAGUGUCCGCGCUCCUAAUUAAAGCGUUGUCAAAGUUACCGUCGUCAAUUAAAUCGGGGAGUUCCUGUGCCAUUGGGAUCCAUGCGUUUGGGUCAUCGCAUUCUGAAUCUCCAAGUCUGGGAACAUAAAGUAGUAAGU